CACGCUUUGACUGACGUGUGUGAAGGGACUAUGUCCCUUAUCACCGUGCACCAUACACACACACACACACGGCAGAGCCACAUAACACACUGAUCGAUCAAUCGACGUCCAAAUAAAUGGGAACGGACGAAGAACCGAGCCACGACAAUACAACAGACGCCCCUCGCGUCACUCAGUUGCCGUGGCCGUCUCUGCUGGAGGCAACAUCCCCGGCCAGCUCCUGAAUGUGAUCACCCAUUCACCCUUGUGAGUGCCUCUCGUGUGCGCGCGUGUGUGUGUACCUGAUUCGGUCUCUGAGUGCGGCCAGCCGCUGGGUGUGUGCGGCCGACAGCCGCUGCGGCCCGCCCAUCUGGCCGCCACCAAACACCUUAGGCGCCCGCUGCUGUUGCUGCUGCUGGGCCAGCUGCAUGUCGAUGCACUCAUUCAGGGAGGCCUCUGCCUCGGUGGCGAAUGCUGACACACCCACGCGCACACGCGCAGUGUACAAGUGUGUGUGUCUGUGGUGUGUGGAUGAGGGGAGGGGGGAGGGUUACCGCGGAGCUGCUGGUUGAAUGGCCUUAUGGUUCGGGCGACACUGAGGAGGGAGGGCGUGAUGGCGUCGAUGAGUUGCAGGAACAGCAGACAGAAACCCUCAACUGCACAACACACACACACACACACACGCGUGCGUGCGUGUAGACGUCUCUCUCUCUCUGUGUGUGUGCGUGUGCGUCGAUGUCAAUCUCACUUUCGUGUGCGUGUUUGACGAGUAUCUGGAACAUGGUCACCAGAGAGAGGGCGGCCUGCAGCGGGCUGCUGGUGGGGGCCUCACCGAGCCUAUUGGAAGCCGCCACACACAUCGACAUGGUCUCUGUCUGCCUGUCUGUCUGUCUGCUGGCUCACUGUUCCUUGAUGGGGUAGUGCCUGCAAACCUCCAGCACCACUCGGGCAAAGUACACGGCCAUGUCGUUGGUGCCAACACCACCACCAGCCUGUGUGGCUCUCGCCGCGGCGUUCUGCAUGGCCUUGUUGAUGUGCUCGAGAAGGAAGGGCAGCAGUGGGAGCACCUCGGGCACACAGCGGCAGAAAGGGCCCAGCCACGCUGUUGGGAUUGCACCCUGCACACACACACACGCGCACACACACACAGCGCAUCGUUUGUCUGGUGUGCGGCCUCACUCUGCCCCCACAUACUAGCACUAGCACUUGCCCGCUCGAGCAGCGCCCAGGGCAGGUCAGGCAGCCGCACAGACGACGCCCGGACGAAGCCCCCCACACAAUCCUGCACACACACACACACACACACACCCCUUCCUCCCUCUCCAGCCCAUGACUGCCAUCUGGCUGACCUCCAAUUCCCUGGUGUUGCCUGCCUCCCGACACACGCCGAUCAUGUGUUGGAUGACGCCCACAGCUUGCGCGUAGGCCGCCUGCUGCGCGUGUGCGGCCGCGUCGUGCGUGGGCAGGGGUGCGGGGGAUACCGGGGGCGUGGUCGAGGGGCUCGACAGGAGGGUGCCUGUGAGCGCUUGAAGCACACACGGCAGCACACUGAGGGAGACAGACACAAAGAGAGAGAGAGAGAGCCGACACAAUCAACGCAACUGUUCCACGAGGGAAGGUCUCUCUCUCUCUCUCUGCGUGUGUGCCUGUGUUACUUGGUGGUCAAGAGCCGACAAAGAUAUGGCCGUGGCAGCUCCGCAACGAGCCGGGAGGGGUUCUCGACUGCCGCCGGGUAGUGGCUAGUGUUGGGGUCGUCGUGUAUUGUCUCAGGCAGCUGCUCAGCCGGCCCAUCUGGCUGAUACACGAGCGUCAUGAGCGUCAUGCUCGUGCGCCGGACACACAGGAGAGCCUCGGCAGAGAAGACGUCGCGCCACGCGCCGAGGGCCCUCUGUGCAGCAGCGUCUGGCGACGGUGGUGGGAGGGGGCCGGUCUUAUCUACAUCGGCGAGCAUCCUGACACACACGUCGCUUCCACGAGCUCCUGUAUCGUACGCCUGUUUGGUCAACUGACAUACGCUUUGACGGCUUCGUGUACAGUGGCAUCCAUGGCGCGAGCACAGCUGCUGGUGUCCUUUCUGUCGUGGUGGACACGUGGGUUGAUCGGCGUGCAGAAGAGCUCGGGGCAGACCUCUCGGAGGGCCUUCAUCAGGGGGGCGAAGACACACUCCAGCAGAAAGGGGCUGCAUUCGCACCGCAUCGCAUCGCAAGCAAGGAAAAGGUGUGCUGGCGGUGAUGGUGGUGGUGGCGCUGCUGGUGGUGGUUUGGUUACUCGUGUGCGGCUGCUCUUAGAGCAGACAUCCAUGGGACACUGUGCAGCAGGUGGAUCAACGACACACCGGAGCCACCUGCACACACAUCAUCCACUCUGUCUCUGUCUCUCUCUUUCUCUUCACACCCCCCACACAGAGGCGCUCACUGACUGUAUCUGUUGGUCGCGUGCAUGCUUGCCGCCAUCAGGGCCACAUGACACACCGCUCUAGUGUCCCCACCACCGCCUCCACCCCACACAUGACUCCUCAAGACAUCCAACACACACGGCACCUCCUAAACACACACACACACACACACACACAGAGAGAGAGAGAGAGAGAUCGAUCCACUACAAACCCACACCCACCGUCGCCCACCCACCAGUGGCGCAGGAAGCUCCCCUUCAUAGAGCUCCGCCGUCCGGCACAUCCGCUCCACCCCCACAACGCCCCAAGUACACCACACCGGCACAAACCUAGGUGGCCCGGAAGACGAUGCUCUCGGGAGGGAGGAGAAAAGCCCCAUGAGCUUGGCGUAGAUGACGGGCGUGUGGGCGUCGGCGUGUUGGUGUUGGUCGCCGUCAGCCGUCUGCAGGAAGUAGUUGCACAGCAUCGUGAGAAGGGUCUUGGUGGGGGCGGGGGGGAGGGGGAGAGACCCCAGAGAGGCCGGGAGAGUGGGGAAAGCCUCGACCUGCGUCACACACAAGGGCACAGGCAACUCCCACCAACCGGUGGCUGGACAGAUAGCGGUUUCCUCCGUGGCUACCAGCUGGGUUAGUGCCGUUUCUGCGUCGAGAAAUGAUGCACUGCACUCCUGAACGAAUCACACCUGAGUGAAUGCCUGGAUCGACCAACAAGCCUGAUGUACACUGACUGACUCACCCCUUCAGUGGUCGCCGUGACGCCCCGCCGCACGCCCCUCUUGACCAUCUCGACCGCCGCAGCCCGCCCAUGGUGGUCGUCAACCAUCGGCAGCAGGCCCUCUCCCAAGACACGGGCACACACAUCCACCACCUGAUUAAACACACACACAUGGAUGGAUGGAUGGAUGCGUGUGGGGUGGUUGGUAGUGCGCCGUACGUCACUCGUGCAGCCGUGGUGGUGGAAGAGGGAGAGCAGCGCCAGCAGCAGGCCCGCCUGGCCGCCGCUGCCGGAGCCGAGAGACUCAGCCGUGACGCCGCCACACCUCUUGAAGGCCUCCAUCCCACACGCCUCGGCCACCACUACCAACACACCCUACACACACACACACACACAGAGAGAGAGAGAGAGAGAACCUUACACUAGCCCUGCCAACCCCACUUACCAUCGCACGGCUGCUUUCCACCAUUCCUUUAUCGAACAUCUCGACCACAGCUGAUGCAUCGGGAGCCUUGGUGGGUGUGGGGGAGGAAGGGGGGCGCAGCAGCGAGGUUUGGGCCAGGGAGGGGAUCUCACCACUGCAGCAGCAGAGAUACAGCAGGAUGCCCAGGCGAAGACGGACCACCGACGAGCCUGGCAUGGUGCGCAGGCUGGUGAUUGACGAGCGGAAGUCGCAGUAGCGGCCCAGGUCCUCCAGCUUGAUCACCUGCAGCCACACACAGCACACAGCCACACACAGACCUGUCCGCUUCGCGCGCGUGUGUGGCGCGGCGCACCCACCCCCCACUCAUUUACUCACCGGUGGCUCGUUCGCCAUGGCGGCCAGCAGCCCUUCGCACGAGUCGUACAGCCCCACCAUCAGGGCGCACACUGCACACACACGCGGCAGGCCGGCACAGGUGAAUGCGCGACAGGAUGAUCGAUGGCCUUGCUGGCCUAAUCUGACCUCUCGGCUGUGCGUGCAUGUGGGCCUCGCAGCGGCGGCGCGUUCGCUCAGUGCCCUCGGGGUAGAGGCGCGACACUGCCACCACGACAGACUGCGCGAAGGCUGGCAGACGGAGAGAGAGAGAGAGAGAUGGUUCAUCUGCGUACCUGUGUGUGUGUGUGUGUGUGUGUCUGUGUCUGUUGUGUGUGUGCCUUACGCACCGGUGAAUGCCGUCUCGUCGUGUGUGGUCAAGAGCUUGCAGAGCUCAUCCACCACCCACACCUGCAGCUGCACACACACAUCCAUCGAAGGGACAAAACAAACACGUCCACCCUCCCCCCCCUCCCUCACUCCCACCCUCCCACCCAGAUCCUCACCUCUUCAAUGGCCCCCACACAGUUGGCCAGCACCCCCACCACACAGUACCCCUCCCACAGCCGCUCACCCCCACUCCCAGCCCCGCGGCUCUGCUCAUAGUCGAUCUCCAGCAGACACCGCACCACCGCACUGUACCCAACAAGCUCAAGCAGCGCCGCUGAGCCACUGCUGUCAGGCAGCAAAAGGUAGCCCACUAUGGUCUGCACGAGCCUUCGGUCCCGCCACUUGCUGAUGGCUGGCGGGGGCAGCUGUGGCGAGGGGGGAGGGGAGGCCGGUGUGCGGGGGCUGGGCGGCGCACGGUGGGUGGCCUGGGCGUGGUAGAACAGCUCGAACAGCUCCUCCAGAAGGUCGGAGGCGCACAUCUGCUGAGAGCCGAGGCAAUGCACCAAUGGCGAUGGGUGUGGUACUCACCGUGCGCAUGUCAACGUCAUGGUCGUUGUCCCUGAUGAUGACAUUGUCGCCCUCCAGCUCGUUGCGGAACCGCUCAAGUGUCGACCGGAGGUCGAGGGCAGCCAGGCCGCGCAGCAGCGACACCUGCGUCAUAAUACCCAACACAGUAGAGGGAGAGAUAUAGAUAUCACAAACGAGCUGCUGCGGGUCUGCUCACGAGUUUUGCGUCGCAUUUCUGCAGGAGCAGCUGCUGGAUGCCCCCUCUCUGGUGUGCGAGGGCCUCAUCCCUGUCGUGUUUGGAUGUGUCCUCCCAUAGAAUCAAUGACGAGGCAGUAAAGACAAAAGGCAGGAAGACCUUCACUGCCUCGGCGCAUCCCUCUCCCUCCUGCAUGCCGCACAACACAACACAGCACAGCGCGAGAAGUGCUUAGAUCUACCUCCAGCCGCCUUUGAGUCAUGAGUGGACUUGGCUGAUCUCACCUGUGUUGACAGUGUUUCGAUUCCAUCGACUUCGCCUGACCUCAGCUGAGCAGCAGUGCCCGCCAGAAGACGCCAGCGCCCCUCCAUCUCCAUCUCCU